CCCGGUCACACACCGCUGAGCCCCUCCGCACGAGGAGUAGGACGAAGAGCAAGAGGAAGAGGAGAAAGGGGACUCCCUGGCCAUGGAGCACAACCACAUCUACGCUACACUGUCCCCUAAUGGCAGUGCAUGGGACCUUGGCCAGCCGCCUCCUGGCCUCAGAGCCUGUCCCCUGGGGACCCUGCCGGUCAUAUACUACAGUGUUCUUCUCUGCCUUGGCCUGCCUGCAAAUAUCCUUACCGUGAUCAUCCUGUCCCAGCUGGUGGUCCGUCGGCAGAAGUCUUCCUACAACUACCUUCUGGCCCUGGCAGUGGCUGACAUCCUGGUCCUCUUCCUCAUCGUCUUUGUGGACUUCUUGCUGGAGGACUUCAUCCUGGGUGCCCAGCUGCCCCCUUCCCUCAACAAGGUGGUACAGGUGAUGGAGUUCUCCGCCAUCCACACCUCCAUCUGGAUCACAGUACCGCUGACAGUGGACCGCUACAUUGCUGUCUGCCAUCCACUGCGCUACCACUCUAUGUCCUACCCAGCCCGCACGCGGCGGAUCAUCCUGUUUGUCUAUGUUGGCUGCCUGCUCAGCAGUGCCCCUUACUAUUGGUGGCCGGACUUGCUGCAGGGGCUGCCGAACGGGGGCAGUGAUAGGGGCUGCAACCUGGGCCAGCACGUGCUGGUGUGGGCACACUGCAUCACUGUCUACCUGGUACCCUGCUCCAUCUUCUUCGUGCUCAAUGCCAUCAUCGUGCGCAAGCUCCACCGCCGCUAUCGGACCCUGCGGCUGCGCGGCUAUUCCACGGGAAAGACAACCGCCAUCCUGCUGGCAAUCACCUCUGUCUUUGCUGUGCUGUGGGCACCCCGUGUGGUCAUGAUCCUUUACCACCUGUAUAGUGCACCACCUACUGCACCAGGGCCUGCCCGCUUGCUCCACCUGGUCACUGAUGUGGCCAACAUGCUGGCACUGCUCAACACAGGUAUUAACUUCUUCCUGUACUGUUUCAUCAGCAAGCGCUUCCGGGUGACAGCGGUCGCUGUGCUUGGGGCUUUCCUCCGCUGCAGGAAGCAGCCGGCACCCUUCUACGCCAGCCAUAACUUCUCAAUCACCAGCAGUCCCUGGAUUUCGCCCGCCAACUCCCACCGCAUCAAGAUGUUAGUCUACCAGUACGACAAGAAUGGUAAACCCGUCUGUAUCUCCUCUUAAAUUGUGCGCCCAAAAUUGAGAAAGAACAGUCAGUCCGUUCCUUUCUUCUUCCACUUGGGAGGAAACUGGGUUCAAGCCCAUAAUCGGUCUGUCGGAGUCACCUAAGUGGAGUGCAGCAUCUACCCCUCCUGCUCAAACUACAAAAAGCCAGGGAACGCUGUCAGUGUCUCUUGACACUGACACAAAUAUCUACAAAGCCCAUUCCAUUUCAGGGCCCAGAGAAUUAAAAUCCAUCAUAAGCCACGGACAGCAGACAGCUACGCCAAGAAGGACUUUCCUUUAUCAGAGAAGCAAAAAAUUAAUAUCCAAAGAGUUGGGCGUGUCAUUUUAUUACUGAAUGUUCAGUACAACUUCUGGAUGUUUAACCUCAUACAUCACAGACACAUUUAUAGGUAAAAAGACGAUAUAAGAUCCGGCUGGAGUGGUUUUCCCAGUACGGAGCAAGCACAUCCCAUUUGCAUGACAAGGAGAUAUUGCUUGCUGGAAGGAGAUAUUGCUUGCUGUUGUCUUUGCCUCAUUAAUUUGCUUAAGUCUGAGGAUAUGCGGUUUCACUUCAUAUACAGUGGCCCUCGAUUCCCA